ACGCCCACAGCUUCCUUUCCUCAACCUGUGUCCUCCUUCCUUGGCCGCUGACCACCUCGCUCCCCUCCCCUUGGAAUCCGCGGACCCAUGGCUUCUUAAACAACUCGGACCUGCGGAAGCACAGCGCAUCACACCGGAGGUUGCUUCUGCUGUUCCUCCUCGCCCUCGCCGCGGAAGAAUCUUGGUCCUGAUUCUCGGAGGGUCUUGAUGGGGAUCUGCGCGUCAUCGGAGCACCUCGCCCAGCAGGGGCAGGAGGCGGACGAGAGCAUCGUCUAUGUCAUGGACGAGGAAGGAGGAGGCGGCGCGUCGUCGCCGAGGAAGGUGGCCUCCCUCUUCUCCCAGAAGGGCAAGAAAGGCCCCAACCAGGACGCCGUCAUCCUCUGCCAGGGAUUCGGCAUGGGGGACGGCGUGUUCUGCGGCGUGUUCGACGGCCACGGCAGGUGCGGCCACUUGGUGAGCAAGCUGGUGAGGGACUACCUCCCCUUCAUGGUCCUGAGCCACCGGAACGCGCUGCUCCUGGCGGACGCGGACGCGGACGCCGACGACCCCGUGUUCAGCGACGCCUCGCCGUCGUCCUCCGCGGACAGCAGCGGCAACUCGUCGCCGCACCCGUCGCAGAUGCUGGGGGAGUGGAGGGAGGCCUGCACCAAUGCGUUCAAGGCCAUGGACAACGAGCUCAAGCUGCAGGCCAACAUGGACUGCAACUUCAGCGGCACCACGGCAGUGUGUGCCAUCAAGCAGGGCAAGGAUCUGAUCAUUGCCAACCUCGGAGACUCGAGGGCGGUUCUUGCGACCAUGUCUGGGGCCGGCUACCUCAAGGCCGUACAGCUCACCACCGACCAGAAGCCCGGCCUGCCUGAGGAGGCGGAGAGGAUCAAGAGGUGCGAGGGGCGCGUGUUCGCGCUGAGGGAGGAGCCGGGCGUGAUGCGGGUGUGGCUGCCCGGCGAGAACCUCCCGGGGCUGGCCAUGGCGCGCGCGCUGGGGGACUCGAGGCUGAAGCACCACGGGGUCAUCUCGACGCCGCAGGUGACGGGGCACCGGAUAGGCGACGCGGACCUGUUCAUCAUCCUGGCCACGGACGGGGUGUGGGACGUGCUGAGCAACGAGGAGGUGGUGUCCAUCGUGUGCGCCACGCCGCGGAAGCAGCACGCGUCCAAGGCCGUGGUGGAGGCGGCGGUGCAGAGGUGGAAGACCAAGUACCCGUCCUCACGGGUGGACGACUGCUCCGCGGUCUGCCUCUUCCUGCACGACCACGGCGCGUCGGCGCCGCAGCGGCCAGGAAGCUCUAGCUAGCCGGCGCUCGGGGAGAAGGAGAGGGGUCAAAGAUAAGAUACUCUCAGGCUCCGGCAAUAGGCCGGCCGUUCAGCUCCAUUUUGUACAUGGUUUUCCUUCUUUUUUUGCCGGGGUUUUGCUUUUCUUUUUUUGCAAAUGUGAUGCAAAUACUUUUCUAGGUUUGUGUAAGUGUAACAUAGUUUCGGCUCAAGAAAAAUACUGCCCGCGGACUCCCUGCGGAUCCUCGGGCGGACGGCUAUCAAGGAUGUUGUGCGUCUCC